GAGACCUCAUCAUAAUUCCUUAGAUCUCGAGUACUCGAAGCUCUUCUUCCUUCUCGUCGACCUCCGCCGCCCAUUUCCGAACUCCAUUUUUCGUGUCUUAGCUCCAAGAACUCCAAAUCACUCCUAAUCCACGCUGCCACUGCUGAUCCUUGACGUAGCUGUUCAUUGAUCCAAGGUUUUCUCUUCAGGAUCGCAUGAAUAAUCCUUGGAGCAGGUGGAAUGGCAAGCCUUCUAGUGCCAAGCCUUCCGGCAAGAGAGUGAGAUCAAGAAAUGGGCUGCUCUGCCCAGCCAUUGGUUUUUUCCUCUGCAUUCUGCUCACGUGCAUGACCUUUAGGGCUCUCAAGCUCCACCAAGAUCAGGAGCCGACACUGAGCUUUGUGGAGAGGAAUGGCACCCAUUUCAUGGUGGAUGGAAGAGUCCUCUAUGUCAGCGGAUGGAACUCCUACUGGCUUAUGGAGCAGGCGGUGGAGGAGGGGAGCAGAGCAAGGGUCACAGAGAUCUUUCAAACUGCUGCAAGCUUGGGGCUCACUGUGUGCAGGACCUAUGCCUUCAACGACGGUCGAGACCAUGCCCUCCAAGUCUCCCUUGGCAUCUUCGACGAGAUCGUCUUCAAGGCAUUAGAUUGGGUGAUUGCGGAAGCUCAAAGACAUGGGAUCAGGCUGCUGCUGAGCCUGGUGAACAAUCUGCAACGCCACGGUGGGAAGGGGCAGUACGUGAAGUGGGCGUGGGAGGAGGGAUUCGGAUUGAGCACCUCCAACGAUUCAUUCUUCUUCGAUCCCUCCAUUCGCAGUUACUUCAAGAUCUACCUUAAGACAAUAUUAACAAGGAAGAAUCACCUGAGUGGAAUUGAGUACAGAGAUGAUCCUACGAUCUUCGCAUGGGAGUUGAUGAAUGCGCCCCGGUGUGCCUCAGAUGUAUCCGGUGACACACUUCAAGAAUGGAUUGAGGAGAUGGCCGAACAUGUGAAGGGGAUUGACAAGAAGCAUCUGGUGACGGUUGGGUUGGAGGGGUUUUACGGCCCAACGAGCCGGCCGGAGAAGAAAGAUGUGAACCCGCCGGAGAAAUGGUACGGCGAGCUGGGGACGGAUUUCCUGCACAAUUCGAAGACUCCGGCCAUUGAUUUUGCGUCGGUGCAAAUUUAUCCUGAUAAAUGGUUGCGGCAAGCAAAUCUUAGUGAGAAAACAAGCUACAUCUCGAAAUGGAUGGCAUCUCACAUCGACGACGGCGAAAAAGAGCUGAACAAGCCCAUCUUGUUCUCUGAAUUCGGCUUAUCCAGCAAGAACAAGGACUUCGACACCUUGCACCGGGUUGCAUUUUACAAGUCCAUUCUUGACAACAUCUACGAUUCCGCAACCAAAGGCGGUGCUGGUGCCGGUGCCUUCAUCUGGCAUUUGUUGCUUGGCGGAAUGGAGAAGUACGACGACGAAUUUGGUAUCGUUCCUGUGGAAUCUCUGGCGAUCAUCAGGCUGUUGAAGGAGCAGGCAUGCCAUUUGAUGGCACUGCGGCACAGCAAGGACUUAGCACAAACAACAGGUGCAAUAUGCUGAACAAGAUACUCAUUUGAACAAAAAUGCUCAAGUUGGACUGCCAGAGUGUUUAGCAAGUGGAGCUGAUAUAUGGAUGUUUCAACAUGCUUUCUUGGUGCCAAUCACUCUUUGAGACCUCAUACAUUUCUUAGUUUCUGUCCCUCACCAUGUGCCAUUGUGAUUAACCAGAGAAAGGCUUCCUCAGCAUGGAGAUAAAAUGAAGAAAGAUAGAAAUUUGUUUUCAUUUGUAAGUUUUAAUUUGCAAGAGGAUAGAUUUUUCAUGUGUCUAAGUUGGCUUUAUUUAUAAUUUUGAGCAAGUAGUUUGGAGUUUUUUUAAUUUAGAAGUAAUGUUAAUUUUGGUUGGAGUGUAUUGGAUAUGAAUCUCAUCCCUAGUUUUGGGUUGAGAUUUAUAACUGAGGUGUAGUUAUUCGGUGUCGGUCUUCUUUUAUGUUAACAGAAGUUAUCUUUGUUUAUUUUGUGAGUUCGUUUGUUUUUCAUGUGAAACGAUCAUCACUUAUUGCAUCAGUGUGGAUCUCAGAACAAGCAA